CAUAUGGGUACUCGAGCAUUUGUACCAGCUAUGUAUACGGUCAUUCUGGAUAAUUAUGGCGUCAAGGUAGAGGGACGGGAGAACCUGUAAUGAGCUGAACUGCAGACUUCAACAAAUCUCGCAGCAGUCUUAUAUUAUGGAAUGAGAAUAUUCGUGAUUCCACAAAGUGUUGAAAGGACACCAGCAAAGAUGGGACAGGUAAGCAGCAGGCCUGUGAGCCACUUCGCAUCGCCGAAUAUGCUGCGCGAUGAUCAAGAACAGGACAAGACAUGAAAAAGAUAUCUGAUGAGGUGGAGCAUACGCGGUGUACAGUGGGAAGAUGUGCCGCUAUGAUACAGCUCAGCGCUGGCUUUGGUUGGACCUGAAUAGUUUCACACUUGACGCAUGUCCCUUGGCGCAUGUCCAGAACACCAUGACACAUUUAGGGUGCAUCAGACCGAGGUUGGGUUCUUGGGAACUGUUACGGCACAUUGCAUCCUUUAAUCCGAACUUAAAAGGCGACGGCCAUGGUGUAGCAGACGUGAGGCUCUGUUAGUACUUACUCAGCAUUUGAAACGUCCCAAUACGAGACUCACAGAAUCGGACCUUAGAAAAGUGUCGUCUUAGACAGGUUUGAGUUCAAGCUUGGUUGAAGCCAAGCUGUAUGUAUCAAGGCAUGGGGCCGAAUGGGUGAUGAUGCGGUCUGCGCUGGGAAGCCUGUGUACCCGAAAUACGCAUGAUGCGAUGCAGCUUCUAGCGGAUGGAAGACUCAGUGUUGAAAGA